UAUAUACACAAAAAUUCUACGAGCUGCUCGGAGUACUUCGAUUCAGCUACCUUCGCAAGGUUAUUAAUUUUAUCGUGUACACACACAUCGAACAGCUAGAAAUCAUCAUGAUCAGCGAGAUCGGCGCCGACGACGAAACGAUAGUGCAGGAGCAGCUGGCCAACGUGCGCACGAGCCUGGGCGACAUCGUGAUCGAGCUGUUCGGCGACGAGGCGCCCCGGGCCGUGGAGAGCUUUCGCUCGCUGGCCCAGUCGGGCUACUACAACGGCCGCGGCUUUCAUCGGCUCGCGCCGGGCCUGCUGAUACGGACGGGUGGCGACCCCGGCGAGUCGAUCUGGGCCGGCGGCCACCUCCUCGAGGACGAGUUGAUCGCCAAGGAGUUGCCGAGACACGACGAGCCGUACACGGUGAGCAUGGCCAGCUUAAAUAAAGGCCAAUUAUUCAUCAGCCUGAGGGAGCUGGCCGCCGAAUUCGACGAUCGCCAAGUCGUGUUCGGUCGAGUGGUCAGCGGUCAAGAGAUCGUGGACGCGAUCGGCGCGAAGAAUCCCGAGGCCGAUCGGCCGCCGGACGUUAAGAUAAUCAAGGUGCUCGUCAAAAGCAAGUACUACAAGUGUCUGUAAUGAUUCAAUUCUUAUAAUUGAUGCUGCCCUGAUUUAAUAUUGAUAAUUAUUGUAUCAAAUUCUGUAAAUAGCAGGGGAAUAAAGAUGAAUUUUUACUUCGA